ACACGGAUAUUACAGUGGCCAAAGAUCGCGACUGGCCUGUGCGGCUUACUGCAGGUCCUCAACAUCCCGGCUGUUAUGAAGGUUUGCGCCCUUGUCACCGAAUAUCGUCUUGUCAGUAUUGGGCAAAACCAUGCUCAGGUGAUGGCAAACUGGCCUGAUCGACUUUCCAUCCUGGAAGCUGCCCUGUCACUGGUCUCUCAUAUGUCUCGGUUUGUGCAAUGCACUAUCCAAUGCCGCUUUACGAUAUUCACGUUGGUGAGACAUCGUUUGCCUACGGAAGUCGGCACUGGAACCCUCUCACGAUUGCAGGUCUUGGGAUCCCCGGUACAGUGGAAUGGAGACUACUGGACUGGAGAGCCAAUAACAUGGAACGAGUCGUCCCAGCUCCCGGUUGUGGUGGAGAGGAUACAUCAAGACAUACCGGAAGGUUCGUGCGCUGGCUUUUCGCACGGGGGUGCAGCACCAACAACUCUACGUGUUACACCGGUUCAGGGCUGAAGUGGUAUGAAACCAUAACAGUCCAAUUACAGCAACCACCCCAGCCGAGUGAGCAGGACUGCCAAUGGCAUUACCAUUCGAUAGACAAGGUGAUCACUAGGGCACCACACAAUCCAGAUGAGCAGUCAGACAAGCAUCAUAUCAUCACAUACGAUGUGCAAGUUGUUAAUCAAUUUUCAGGAUUCGUCAUUUCUAUGACAACGACGAGUACCAACAGGCUAAAGAUGCAACUCAUACCAGGUAUCCGCCCACUCAUUGCUAUGCGUAAACAGUCGUACGGCUCAAGAAAAACAAGAAGACUAUCGUUGCAAAUUUUGAAGAUGUUGCACCGACGCAACCAGUAGCGACAACGGCUGGAAUAGAGAUACCAGAUUGCUUUUUCCAGGCCAGUGACCAAAGAUAACGCUCACAAAACUAACAAUCAAGAAAACGAUAACCUAAUCAGGAAAACGCCACUAAGAAUAUGCAAGAGUGCGCUCAACGCCGAGAGCAAUGCGA